CAAGUGUCUUUUGUUUCAUUCGGCAAUUCAUAUUCCGGAAGUGAUAAACAAUACCAACUAGUACUCUCGUGAUGACACUGGAAAACAAUUAACCUCUUCGUUCUCGCGUGCUUCUUAUGGUACACUUUUUUUCAUCACUCCAACGCGUCCGAUAAAAAUCCGUAUUUUCAGCAGAUCAAUACGACCAAAUCUUCCAUUUAGAACUUACGAACGCAUUGAGAAAUGCACUCAAUUAUCUAUCAUAUGUGCAACAUGACACGUCGUUUUUAGGUUAAGGGUCUCUCGUGCUUUUCGUACGACAGUCUUCUGCUAGAUAAUCAGCGCCACUCGCGCAACCCGCGUAACUUCAGAAUCGCGUAUCGUCAUCGACGAGGCGCCUGUUAUUGUCGAAACCGCGUGAAAUAUUAUUGAUGCCGCAAGACGAGUAUUUCUCGAGCAAUUCCGAAUUUUAUUCGCACGACGCUGUUUUCUCACAAGCGUCGAGUCGCGCACUUGACUCGCGCGUUGACGCUGCUGACUUCCGGUGGAGACAAGCCCAUGUGGACGAUUGCAGCGAGUAUCUUAGUCAGUUCGUGAUCAGCGUGUUUUUGGUGCGCUACUUUUAUCACGCACGUUAAAGAUCUUGCGGUUAUUCGUGUUACUUCGGAUUCUGUUGCGUCGCCAUGGCGGACCUAGAUGAUUUCUUUGCUAAAAAGGAUCGUAAGAAGGCUAAGGGCAAGAAGUUCACCACGACUGAUGAGGUCGCCAAGAAGCUGGAAGAGGGCAAGCGACUUGAGAAGCCCAAGCCGAAGGAGAAACCAGCGAAUCCCGAGGGCGAAGAGUCUCAGCAGACCGAGGAUGAGGAUGAGUGGAAGGAAUUUGAGGAAGAGAAGAAGGAUUACAGUGGUUUGAAGAUUGGACAUUUGACAGUAAACGACAGUCUCGAUGCUGAAUCUGACGAUGAGAGAGGCACUGGUGAGAAUAGUUCAGACGGAGAAUCUGGAGAAGGUGGCACAAAACAUUCGGGACCAUGGAAGAAGCCAGAUCUCCCACCGGAAGCACCAGAAGUAACGGCGCCGCCGGCACCACCACCGUCUACCGGUGGAAAUACCGGAACCAGCGGCGGUGGUGGUGGUGGUGGCGGCGGCGGCGGCGGCGGCGGCGGCGGCGGCGGCGGUGGUGGUGGUGGAGGUGGAAGUUACAAAGCACCGCAUUUAAGAAAUCAACCUGCUUUCCCUAGUCCACGACUGCGAGGCAGGAAUGUCGCGCCUGAUAUACAUAGCGAAGAAUACUUCCCCACCCUGAAUUCCAAGCCUCAGCCAAAUAAUAACGGCAGUAGUCCAUGGGGAAGACGGCGGCGAGAUGAAGGAGUAUUCGAGGAAGUUCGCAACCGCGGUGGCAGCAGAUCGUAUAAUGUACAGGACUCGCAAGCUCAAGCGCCCAAGCUUUCUCUGGGUAACAAAUAUGGCGCUCUGUCGCAAGAUCAAAGCUGAAAACACCUAUCCCGAUCAAAUCAAACGACAUGCAAUCAAUAUCACAUCGUCGCCGCUCUCCGUUUCGUGGCCCAGCUGCGCCGGGAAAAUCUAUUUUCUAGACUAGGAUCCAACGUGUAUCAUAGUAUGCGUAUGCACGUACACACGCCCCCCCCGUUCUGCAAAGUUCGGGGAUGCUAAUUCCGGUUCUCAUCGACGGUUUUACAGUGAUCGCGCGGUGGAUCGUCGAAUCUAGGUAUCUGCACGUGCGCCCAUGGACCAUGUAACUCAAAAUGAAUAUCGUGCAUGUAUGCAAGCUUAUUUUCAUAUCGUGUAAACACGUGGUUGGAAGUCAAGUUUUAUAUUUCAUUUUGUAAUCAGCAUAGUGUAUAGUAUGCUACUUCCAGAAGAGUGUCAGGGCGGCAGAAGGAUGCCAAGCGUUUCGACGCUGAGUGAAAUCCUCCGAAUGGUGAAUUGGAAUGACGUUGUCGACGCGAAUAGGCGCAUCAUUAGGCGAAUUGUAGUCUAAAAAGAUUGUUCGUUAAAGUAUUUUAUGUGGUAUUCACACUUUUUUUUUAUACGGUGCUACGUUUGGUUUAGCGUGCAUACUUACUGCCACGAUCGAUGCCUUCUCAUUGAGUAUUAUCGGUAUAGAUAGGACAGAUCGCGUUGGCAUCCGAACACGAUAAACCCUCGAGAUCGGUGUGUCAACACCGCAAUAUCGAAAAAUUAUAUAAUUAAUCUUAGCAGUUCCAUGAGAACUAUUCUCAAACCACUUUCAAAUGGUUACGAGAUGCUUCUUGGGCUCUCUCUAUCUCCACUUUCGAGGGAGAGUGUCGCUUCGCUCAAAAUGGCAACGUGCGUCAACGAAGGGAAAUUUCUAGGUAAAUUAAUUAAGAUAUAUAUGUAUAUACUAUUAACAUCUACUAAUAAUGCAAAGACUUACAUAGGAUUUUCGUUAUACACGCUCGUCGAUUUCAAUCAUCGUUAUUUCUUUGGGCAAAAGAAUAAUAAACAUGAAUGUGAAACGCGACGAACGUUGUCGCGAGACAAAUGUACGUAGUCUAUACAAUCUAAUGAGAGAUAUAUCUGCAUGCACUCGUGUUGAGUAAAGAAAAUCCUAUGUACGACUUUCUUAACGAUUAUAUACUUUUUGUUGAUGUAAGAGUUUCUUUCUCGAGACGAAGAGUGCAGCGCAUAGAUAUCAAAUCCGUUUCUUCAGAAACGGUUUCUCAUUGUUGGCAAAUUCUUCCCGGCGGGAAAACGCGUGUUGUUUUCGGGGCACAAUGAAGAGAAUGCCAUACGGAAACGGUAGAUAAUAAUAAUAAUAAUUCUUGUAUAGCGUGUGAUAAAAUGUGAUUAUUUAUAAAUAAAUUUCUUAGGAUAACUCGUAUGUACUGCCUCUGAGCAUUUUUGAUUUGCCGUACUGUACAUCAUCGAUCAUACCGAUUCCCGAAGCAAAGAGAAGCGUAGCGCUCGGAUUACUCGCACGCAUGCGGGCCGAUCGUCUUUCUGGGAGCGCAAUCUGCGCCGUAAACACACGGGACUUCGGAUAAACAACGCAUUGUAACGCCAGGAGAAAUUGAAUUCAAGCAGGCGGAAACGCAACACCGGUGCCUCUCGAGAAUAGUUUCGAAUUGAUUUUGGUCGCCGCGGCGACACGGACUAGCCUGCCCUUUGUUACAGAAUAGUUGAGAUACAAUAAUUUUAUCGCUACUGUUACACAUGAGAGCGAGCGAUAGAAUGACAGGAAGUGAGAGUACGCGAAAGUGUGGGGUGCGAGCGUAUAUACGUGGCGUAUAUAUUUAAUAAAACUCAAUCACAAGAUA